CCUCCCCUGCCCCUCCGCGAUGAGAGAAGGGCCAAGUCUGUCUCUGCCAGGCAGCAGCGGUCUCUGCCAGGGGCAGACGGAUCGCGUCCAUGUCGCAGGGUGACUGCUAGCCCUGCGGAGCUCCCCCGGCCGGGCCGGGCCGGGCGGGCCGGGCGGGCAGGCGGCCGGCGGGCAGUGCCCCGCUCGGGGGGAUGCUGGCGGCGGGGGAUGCGGAGCCGGCCGCGGAAUAACAUGGGGGGCGGCCACUCCCACAGGGCGCCCGUCUUCGACGAGAAUGAGGACGUUAACUUUGACCACUUUCAAAUAUUGCGGGCUAUUGGGAAAGGGAGUUUUGGAAAGGUGUGCAUUGUACAGAAGAGAGACACCAAGAAAAUGUAUGCCAUGAAGUACAUGAAUAAACAGAAAUGCAUUGAGAGAGAUGAAGUCCGCAAUGUUUUCCGGGAGCUGCAGAUAAUGCAAGGCCUGGAACAUCCCUUCCUGGUCAAUCUGUGGUAUUCCUUUCAAGAUGAAGAGGACAUGUUCAUGGUGGUGGAUCUCUUACUCGGAGGGGACCUGCGCUACCAUCUGCAGCAGAACGUGCACUUCAAUGAAGGAACUGUUAAACUCUACAUUUGUGAGCUGGCCCUUUCCCUGGAUUAUUUGCAGAGAUACCACAUCAUUCACAGGGACAUCAAACCUGACAAUAUACUGCUGGAUGAACAUGGACACGUUCAUAUCACUGACUUUAAUGUAGCAACCAUAGUGAAAGGCUCAGAAAAAGCUUCUUCUAUGGCUGGCACAAAACCCUACAUGGCUCCAGAAGUGUUCCAGGCUUUUAUGGAUGGAGGUCCAGGAUACUCGUACCCGGUAGACUGGUGGUCCCUAGGAAUUACAGCAUAUGAAUUACUGAGGGGCUGGAGGCCCUAUGAAAUCCAUUCAGCCACCCCCAUUGAUGAGAUACUCAACAUGUUCAAGAUCGAAAGAGUUCACUACUCAUCCGCAUGGUGCAAGGGCAUGAUAGCUCUACUGAAAAAGCUCCUCAUUAAGGACCCAGAGUGUCGCCUUUCAAGCCUUUCAGACAUCCAGAACUCUCCAUACCUGGCUGAUGUCAACUGGGAUGCUGUUCUAGAGAAAGCUGUGACUCCAGGCUUCGUUCCUAAUAAAGGAAGACUGAACUGUGAUCCCACAUUUGAACUUGAAGAAAUGAUUUUAGAGUCCAAGCCUCUCCAUAAAAAGAAAAAGCGACUUGCCAAAAACAAAUCCAAAGAUGGAGCUAAGGAAACCUGCCCACUGAACGUACACCUGCAGCAGUGCUUGGAAACCGUUAGAAAAGAAUUCAUCAUAUUCAACAGAGAGAAGUUAAGAAGACAGCAGGAUCAAAGUGGGCAGACUUCCAGCAUUGACAGCAGAGCGUCUCUCCAGAGCCACGAGAAGCUCCAAGACGGGAGGAACAACAAUUUGCUGGGACAGGGCUGCACCAGGGGCUGCAGCAGCUAGUGAGCCCACCCUGCUCCCACACAGGCAGGGAGGGGGGAUCCUCCCUGCACCCCUUCCUCUGCAUCCCUGCAUCCAUCCUGGCCCGCCCAAAACAGCAUCCCUGGCCAAGGACAAACCCACACAGCACACAGGCUGAGGUUCUCCACCUACAACUCUGCUCUUGACUCUGCCUCUGGAAAAAUGACCAUCAGCAGCAAAGUACAGUUUUUUAAGUAAGUGUGACUUUUGUUUUCAAAAUCCUGGAAGAAAACUUGAAGCAAUUCAUUAGGCAGCCUCUCAAAGAUUGCCACAUUCCUGGAUAUUUGCAAGAGACAACUGGAGCCAGCUUUAUCUUGAAGGCUUUAAUAUUACCCCAAUCUCUCUGUUAAUUAAAAUGGUCCAGUUUGAAAUUUUGUGAAACUGCUGGACACAGCUGUCUCUAAGCAUCUGCUGUUGAGUUUAUAACAGAUGUACAUGAUGUAAAUACAUUAAUGUAGUGUCAAACAGGCCAAACACUGAAUAAUUUCAUUUAAAUACCUGAAACUCAUUGAAAAAGUUGCAGUGUAAGUGUAUUCACAUUGUUCUUUAACAUCCUGUGUUCUGCUUUGUAAUAAAAGGUGUGACCCUGGCCAAGUCAAAGUUUUGCUAGUGACUUUAGUGGAUGCAGGAUCAGAAACACCUUUCUAUUUGUAACAAUAGGCUGACUGAGCCAGAGCUGAAAAGCAGCUUAGUAAGGAGAGCUAAAAACAUUAAGAAUUUGCUCAGAUCCAUAGCUAGGUGUUAUAAAAUGUUAAAAAGUUACAUGUGUCUCUGUUUUCAUUGAUCUAUUCUGGAUGAAACUAUCUUGAAUAGAAAGAAACCUACUUUAGUCAAAAUAUUGCUGACAUGAAAUCCUUUUAUUUUAAACAGCACCCAAAAUUCCAAAUAUUUAUGAUAUUUUACAACUUGUACAUCCACAUUUUGAUAAUAAAUGCAUGUUUAUUCUGUCCCAUUGUGCUUUUGUUUUGAAAGGUUACCACCUGUAAGCAAAUUUCAUUUCAACUUUUUAAAACAAUUAGGUUAGGUUUUUGGAAGUGAGAAACAUUUUAUUUGAAAUAAUCUAUUUUUACAGCAUCAUUUCCAUUCUUUUAAAAAAAAAAGUUCUUUGUAAUUGAAUCUAUUGUAAAUUUUGGUUUUUGUUAUAUGUAAUUUUGGUCACAAUUUUUUCACAAAUACAGAUUUUUAUCACUCCAUGAAAUGAUACAGUGUUCCAUAUCAUCAACAACAAACAGUUUACAAAUGUACAAAGGUAAAGAUUUUAUGUCUGUCACAAGUAUGGUGUUGGUCUUCUUUCUUAAUUUGGUCACAGACUGAAAUAAUCAUACAAUCAAACAAAGGAGCAAAAUUUUUCUGUUCAUAAGAGGAUAAAUUUCAUCACCCAGAAUAAACUAUUUCCCAUCCAUCCUUUCUUUAUUAUUUUUUUUUUUUACUUGAUAUUUGUUUCCCUUGGGAAGGACCAAACUAGCUAAGAUUUCAGAUUAUUUCUGGAAACACCUAUUGUUCUAUUCCAAUCAAAAUGCAUGGUGAUCUUGGACCUUGAUCUGGAUCUGAAAGAAAAUCUUUAUUUUGAGCAAGAAGAGCUGCUCUGGGUGAUUUUAUACAUCAACCACAUAUGAUGCCACAGUGCUAGCACCUUAACUGAGGCUGGAAAGGCAUUUUUGAAGUAAAUGCCCUCACCUUACAGCCUUGCUGCAUUUCAGUACAUAUUUUAGCACCCAAAUCAGAUGCUUUUUGGAUGAUACAACACCAGAAGAUGUGUUCCAUGAGAGCACUUAUUGCCUUUUUCUCAGUGUUGAGCCCGUAGACCACUGGAACAGGUGAGAGAAAAUCUGAGAGGGAACUUCCCCAGAUGUUUCUCAUGUGGAUGUCAGGUCAGCAGAGCCUCUCCUGUCCAGCUGCACUGUCAGCCAAUGCACACAUAGCCCCCAAGAAGCCUGGAUUUAUAGGAUGGGAAGUGGUGAAAUGAAAGAGCUACAUAGUGCAAGAUCAUCAGUGACUGCAUUAAAAAUCGGAGGAGUUUACUGCAGAUAGAAUGUAAUUAGCAGCAUGAUUCUACCAAAUAUUUGCAGCCUGAUCUGUCUCUUGCUGGGUGUAUUUGCCAGUGCUUUACUGAGCUGGUUUUGAGAGGAGAUUGGCUAUUCAAUAGAUUGCAUCUACUUAAAUAUAUUUGCACAGAGCAUUGUGCAUGAAUGCAAGCUCACUCAGGCACUUUAAUUUCACGCUUGUUGCCACACAAUCAUUUCCCAAACUGUACUACUUGCAAAAAAAUGGAAUCAUAGCACCAAUCAGCUUUAUCCAUAGUCCAUGGCACUUCCACUGACUGAAGCUCUACCUUAUCCUGCAUAUAAUUAUCUGUGUCAACUUAUUACACAGAUCAGUGAAUUCUCUCAGUUAUACCAUGGAGACCCAAUAUUGAAUCAAAGAAUCAGGGAAUGGUUGAGGUUGGAAGAGCCAUUUAAAGGUCACCCAGUCCAACUCCCCUGCCAUGAGCAGGGACACCUUCACCUAGAUCAGCAUGCUCAGAGCCCCAUCCAAUAUGGCCCUGAUGCUUCUAAGGAUGGACCCUCAUCUCUCUGGAACACCCACACUCUUAUUUCAUCUUUCCUUUCAACCAGCCUAGCUGUAAGGAUCUGUCUUGCCAUGGGAAGCUCUGAUAAUGGUGUAGAAGAUAACUGAGAGGUUAUUUUUAAUAGAAUAUGAUUUUUGGGGACAGAACACAUGCAACAAGGAAAGUCGCAAAGCCCGGGAACAUGCCGGAGAUAAAUGCUUGGUUUAGACUUGUUUCUCCUACUUUAGACAAAAGAAAAAUGAAUUAUCCAGAUCUGGGCUCAAAAGUAGAGAUGAAAAAGGGAAAAAAAAAUCUUUUAGGAUGUGAUGCACUUUCCUUGUCUUGAUUGUCUGUUUUAGCAGAUGGUUCUCCCUGUAGCUCUGCCUCCAUGGAGUAAACAUCAGUGCACACAGCUCAGAUGUGGACAUGCACAUUGUGCACUGACAUUUAGUCAGAUGAAUCUGGUUUGUGAUGACACAGGCAAUUUGUCAAGCUGCAGUCUAAUCCUUAUGAAAAAAUGGGAUCAUUUCCGAUCUAUUCAAUGGGAGUAAGAGGCAUUAAACAGUUCUCAUCUUUAAGUGCAAAAGUGGUAUUAGAGUGACUAGAAAAUACACAAACAUACUCUCAUCUGGUGUUCCAGCAGAAAUGAAGACAGGGAAGUCCUAAAUAAGACAUAGAAGGUUUUUACAAUAAACUCAGCAAGAUGGAGGACAAAAGGAAAGCAGGGCAGUCAUAACUCCAGAAGAAACUCUUUGGGACUCAUUUAUUCUAUACAGCUUUCUUGCCUUGCAAAAGUGGACAGUGAUCUUGACUCCCAAAAUCUCACCUGGUUUCUCUAAGUCAUCUAAAAGAUAAAAAUAUUUUUCUCCUUUCUGCUCCAGAGAAGAGGUAAAGAAGUCUAACACAGCUGGAAAAGCAGUUUGCUGCUGCCACAGUUUAUUGCAGUGCCUCUUGCUCUGUGGUGUUGCAGUUCUGAUCCCACAUGCACAUUCCCACAGCAUCACUCCACGUUUAAACUCUGCCAGAUUUACCUUCUGUUCCAUUUGCUCCUUCUAUCUUGUGUAUUAAAUAUUGGCACAGUACUGUAAAUAUUUAAUUACCAACUGUCAUAAAGUACAAAUGGCUCCUUUCAUCGGUAGUCUUGACAAAAAUGAUUAAUGUAAUAUUUCUAGAAGAUUUUCCUGUAAAUCUGGGGGAAUAGGAGGGUUAGGUGUACUUCUUGGCACAUUAUUUAAAAUAACAGCUAAGUACAUUAUAGAGGAAAUAAUAGGCACUGAUCCAUCCUUUCCAGUCAUUGAGAUGUUUUCUGCUUGUAGGAACAUGUGAUCACAAUUUCAAACUUAUUUCUGACUGUUCAAACUAAAGCUAAAUAGUGCUGUCAUGGGGUGUACUGGGAAGCUGAAGUAGGCUGAAUUAGACCCAAAGCAUUCUUCUGUUUUCCACAUGGAUAGGUGUGCCAAUACUUCUGCUAUUAAAAACGUGGAUGCCAGCACAGGAGAAGCUUAGAGGUUUUGGGCAGGAACAUUUACAGUUUUGGUGGGAGCUGGAAAGCAAGGAGAUACUGAAAGUGCAUUAAUAAAAAAAGCUACAGAUUUAAUAGGCUGUCUCUGGUAGCUCCACUGCUCUAGCACUGGACCCAAGAGGAAAUCUGGAACAAACCACUGCCCUGCAAGUGAUCUCCAUUAUUUCCUUAUUUGACCCAGAUUUCAUCCAUGAAGAAGUGAGUCCAUCUAUGCAGACUCUAAAUAAGAAGCAAAGGAAGGAAAAACUCCCCUGUCAGCAAUGUUGGGCUGCUCAGAUUCUCCCUUCCAGUGCAGCAAAAGGGACAAACAACAACUUAUACCGCUUGCUGCAGCUGCUAUCAGUCCUGCUGGGGACAGCAGGAGUUGCUUUUUCUUACACAUCCAUUGCAGUUCAGUCCCUUAGCACAUGCUACCAACAUGUCAGUGAUGAAUUUUGAAUGAGGGAUAAUGUAAAGCUUUUAGAGAUCCUUCUGCUGCCACACAAGAACUUCCAUGAUAGACUGAUGUGAUUUUUAAAGAGGAGCUUUGUGGUUCUUCUCCUGGAGAGCGUGCUACCAGCUCAAUGACUGAUUUCUCAUGCACACUGUGCUUCAUCAUCUCAGCCUUCAUCAGAGCAGUUACUUUUGUUUAUCUGUAUUUUAGUGAUUGAAUCAGCUAUGCUCUGGCCAGCAGGGAAAAAUGUUUUGGUAUUUUUAGCCUUCAUUUAGUGAUGCAAAUGAGCUUCCUAUAAUCUUGUUUGUGAGAAAACACAUGCUACAAUCAGGAUCUCAAUAAUGACUGAUAUUAGCUAUGCUCCAUACAUCAAUGAAAUUGGCUCAGAGUCACAACCUCCCUUUUUUGUCCUUUUUAAUUGGAAAGGAGCAAUGUAUCUAAUCAAUUAAACAAUUUUUUUACAAUAUUGCCCAACUGUCCUUGUGAGUCAUUCCAAAGAAUAAAAAUUGUAAUAUAGGGC